GCGCCGCCGCCCCGGGUGCGCGAGACGGCCUUCGAGGAGGAUGCGCCGCUGCCGCGGACCUACCUGGAGAACAAGGCCUUCUCCAUGGACGAGCACAGCGCAGCUCUCCGGACAGCAGGGUUCCGCAACGGCAGUUUGGGAAGCAGACCCAGCGCUCCGUUUAGAAGCAAUGUGUACCAGCCGACCGAGAUGGCCGUGGUGCUGAACGGCGGGACUGCCACUGGGAACCGACUGCGUUACACAUCCUUGUGCCAGGAAGUGGCCACUCAGCCCCGGUCCCUGGAGUCCUUCAGAGCCCCAACCCCACCUGGGACUCAGGACUUGGCUGCAGAGCCCGCAGGGGGUGUUCGUACCGCCCUUCCCUGGGCGCAGGGGCCCAGCAUGCCAGGCGAGCGCGGGGCAGCGACUGCGGGCAUGUAACCUUUGACCCCACACGUGGAACAGCUUUGUGUCAAGGACUGAGAUCUUUUUCCUUCUUUUCUUUUUAAGCCUCUGAUAGUGACUGCUCUGCGUUUUGCUUUAUUUGGGCACUAAGAUGGGCGCAGGCCAAGUGCGGCCCUGGGCGGAGGUGGGGGGAGAGUGCGAGAACUGCCGUUUCCUAGUGACGUCACUGGAAGGUACAGAGAGACAUCUGUGCCCAGAGACGCAGCCAACUUUCCCCACAGAGCAAAGUUCAAGUACCAAGUUAAGUGGCGCCUGUUUCUGUGAACAGCCUUGUUGGGGAAGAUGAUCUGAAGAGGCAUCGGUGGUAAAAAGACCUAAUCGUAAGCACUCCUGUCCACGUUUGCUUACGAAACCACCGUGCACUCUCACAGCCACGAGUGCCCCCUAAUGGAGAUGGUCCUUAGAGGCUGGUGUCUCCCUGGGAGACGGAGCUGACAGGCACGCCGGGAAGCCGUGCGCCCCAGGUCUCGGGUCUGUGGUUGGAAGCGCGGACGUAGGGGUCUUCUAGGUCAGCCAAUGCCGAGUUGAACCCCAACUGAAGGGAGCUUGUGGCUUUCGUGGCCCGAGGAUGCAGUGACCCACCAGCUCACAGGAGUGCCCAGCGGGUGCUUUGUGUUCAUUGAGCUACGGCUCACUUUUGAUAGAUAAUAUGUAUUUAUUAAAUGUAUUAACAUGUGUUUUAUAAUGUACCUUCAUCCUCCGCUGGCUGACUGUCGCGUACUUAUGAGAAAAAAAAAUUAAAGAAAUUUCAAGACAAUCAAUGUGCACUAUACAUGACUGUAUAUAACUAUUACAAAUUGAAAAGGUUGUAAAGCAUUGGCAGAUGGAUUUUAUUUUCAAAAUGCUAUUCUUAACACAGAAAUAAAGGCUUUACUAUUUACGUAA